GAGGUCCCGAUCAUGUGAUCACUGAUUGGCCAAUCAGUGAUCACAUGCAAAGUAGUAAGCAAGAUGUCACUUCUGACAUCAUUGCUUACUACAUUUAGGAUAAGUUCACAUCAAUGCGGGUGGUGCCGCUGCGGAUCCGCACGAACAUCCAUGCAGCCGCACCACCCGCACAGAGGAAUGCGGACCCGCCGGCGGGUGUCAUUAUUUCUAAUGGCACGCCGCCCACACUGGAAAACGCAACCGUACUGGGAACUGAGGUUCUCGUGCGGGUUGCAGUUUCCAAAGAAGUGCAGGGACUUCUUCUCUGCGUGUGACGGGGCACAGGAGUCCAUCCAAAUGAAUGGGCUCUCAUGCCCAUGCAAAACGCAGCCCGCACGGCCGCAUAUAUGUGAACUGGGGCUUAGGGGCCAG